AUGGCUCCCUACCCAGACACGACGCCCACCGAAACCGUGCCGCCAGAGGUGGUCGCGACAGCACCUCCAGAGGAUUCGGCGCUGCCGGGAAUGAAACGCGGCAUCGCAAUUGGAGUGGCCUUUUCAGUCGGCAUCAUCAUGGCCGCUCUUCUUGCCUUCUUUGUGUAUAGACGGCGCAAGCAACGAGCUGCAAAGCACACCAAAUUGAGUGCCGAAGAGCCAGUCGAGAUGGACGCUGGUGGGCUUUGGCCCCAGGAAAAGAAACGGCACGUCCGAGUUGCACCUAUCGAGGCUGAUGCGUACUCCAUUCACGAACUCGACGGCAGCGAGAUCCCAGAACUACCCGGCCACUACGAGGGACAAGAGCUGAACGCCAACAAGAAGACACCAAGAGCUUCUUACGGUGACGAUGACACGUACGGCCAGAAGCUGAAGCAGUGGAACGACUGGAGUGUUGCGCUGGACUCAAGCCACCCUCAGCCAGCCGAGGAACCCCUGCGGCACAGCAACCCCUACCUGGAGGUGUCGCCAUCCCAAUCUCAACAAACAAGCAUUUCCCCAAUGGGGGACACAUUACUCGAUGCACCCUCACAAAACCUGUCUUACAAUUGUGUGUCUCCGCUCGCUCUGUCGCCGCUCGAAGAUGCGCAUUUAACGCCAACGUAUGGUCGCCCAACACGCCAGCAGCGCUAUUACGACCAAGCAAGAACCUCAGCGUAA